AAAAAAUGUAUUUUCGAUUGGAGAGCGAGGAGCGAUUCUUACUUGUCGGGGUUUCGAAGAGGCUAAAGGCGACGGAGAGAGAAUCGGAGGAGAUGAUGGGAACGGCGGUUGGGCAGUGGCUAGAGGAAGCGUUAAUUGAUCUCUGCGGGAGACCAGAAACCGGUUUGAAUUUCGAUCGGGAUGUAAUCUCCGGUUUAGUCUCCUAUUGCGAUCUCGCUCAGCCUGUCGAUGCCAAGGAGUAUCUCGACAAUAUUAUCGGAAAAGAAGGCAAAAGCAUCAUUGCAGAAUAUCUACAGAGAAGAGGAUACAAAGAUCCAACCAGCCAUGUUGCAGGUAGUAGUAGUUCAGGUCCAGAGCUGCAGAUGUAUGUUAAGCCUAAAGUGGAUAACGGUGCUUCUAGUGGAAUCAAGAAACCAUUUAAAACACCGAAAGAGAAAACAUCUUCUUCUAGUCAGCAAGCUGGAAAUGGGAAGGUAACAGCUCCUCCCCAGCAACAAGUCAAUCCUAAGAAGAAAAAAGGCGGAAAAGUGAUUUCGCUAGCAGAGGCAGCUAAAGGAUCAAUAGUGUUUCAGCAAGGGAAACCUUGUGCAUGCCAAGCUCGUAGACACAAAUUAGUGAGCAACUGCUUGUCGUGUGGGAAAAUUGUUUGUGAACAAGAAGGAGAAGGGCCUUGCAGUUUCUGUGGAGCACUUGUGUUGAAAGAAGGAAGUUCAUAUGCUGGGCUAGAGGAAGGGUAUACACCAGUCUCUGAUGCUGAUGUGGCAGCUGAAGCAUAUGCCAAAAGGCUUGUAGAGUAUGAUAGAAAUUCUGCCGCACGUACAACGGUUAUUGAUGAUCAGAGCGAUUACUAUGAAAGUGAGAGUAGUAGUUGGCUCUCUGCUGAGGAAAAAGAGCUAGUAAGGAAGAAACGGGAGGAGAUUGAAGAAGCUGAACGAGUCAAAAAGAGCAAAGUGGUUAUGACCUUUGAUCUACUCGGCCGUAAGGUUCUGUUAAAUGAAGAUGAUAUCUCAGAACUAGAAUCAGGGAACAGGAUACUGGGACCACCCGAGACUAAAAACGUGAACAGAAUAAAACCGAACCCGACCGCAAAACUCAUUCCAAUCUUCUUAGACCCGGGACCAACCGAGAAGAAGCCAAACAGCAGCAGCGCUUCGAAGAGAGACAACAAGAAAAACCGAAACGGGUUGUGUCUAGAGAUUACAGGAAGGGUACAACAUGACAGAAGUGAACUCAAGUACUUACAAGCCGAUCCGAAAUCGGACGCUAAAUCAUCAUGGCCAUCAGGAAACGAUGGGCUUCAUGUAGAAGAUGGUGGUGAAUGUUCCUUAGAUUACGACUGAGAAUUUUUAAUUUUCAGUAACCAAAAAAAAUUACUUUUUCUUGUAUUUGAUAAAUAACUUUCACCCGGUGAACCGAACCGGAGACUUAUGUUCGGUUCAAAAAAGGUCAAACAGUUUUUUCUCCAUCCACGUCGGAUACAAAAAAGAUUGUUGUGUGUGA